AUGACAAGAAAUGUUGGAGCACCGAGAAUUAUCAAAGAUGGCACACAUGAAUUGCAUCUCUACCAAUCAUCAAAAAUGGGUAAAGAGUUGAAAUUCGAGGCGGUAGUCACUUAUGGAAUGACUUCUGAUGAGAUUAUGUCGAUUGAGCAAACGAUUGUCAAUCAUUUGUCUGGUGAUCAGUUGCAAUCCGGAAGGGAAACCAAUCAGAUUGGAGAUGAGUUGGAGAAGAAAUUCGGUGGUUAUUGGAUGGUUGGGAUCUUCGAGGAUCCAUACGGAAUGGCGUACACCGUUUCCCGGCGAUCACCGAUGUAUGUCGUGUUUGAAGUGAACGAGAAAGCCGGGAUCUUGUGUGCAAGUCAAGGAUCUGGUGGGAAUCGGCUCGAUAAGUUCAAAAUCACGAAAGACGGCUUCAAUACACAUCUUUUACAAAGGCCUAAAAAUCAU